UGGCAUUCUUGCUCUGUUUUUGAAACUGUGCGGUUGGUUGCCGGAACAACUCCGAUACAGAACAUUAAAUAUAACUAUAUAUAGCUCGAAAUCGAAAACGAAUCGAAUCGUAUUAAGCACUAUCUCUGAUUGCAAUACCGAUUCCAGUUCCGGUCACGGUCUCUCUCGCAAGUUGCAUUAGUAAUAUUGCAUUUCUUAUUCUUAUUUAACAAAAAAAAAUAUAAAUAUUUUUGAAAAAAAAAAAAGAAAAUUAAAGAAAGCAAUCUCUCACUCUCAGCCGAGUCUCAACAUAUGCUAUUAAAUAUCUUCCAUUAAAUUCUAUUUUGUAUCGAAAAAAGUGCUUGGGAGCCGUCCAACUCGAUUAUCGAGUCUACUCGAUACGCGCGACAGGAUCGAAGCCCGAAACCCCAACGGCCCGAUCCUGUAUUGGAAUCGUUAUCGAUUGAUCAAGGAUUAUCAUUACCGUUAUCGCCAUGAGUUUCCAUAAGAGCGACUCGCGGACGCCGCUGGCGCCCACAGAGUACACUAAAGUGCCCACGGUCGCCGCGGGCUACGGAGAAUCGAACGAGAAGCCCAAAGGCGGCAAAGGCGGUCAAUCCAAGUUCAUACGAUCGGACAUGGCUGAUGUGCCCGUCCAGCAGGCGGCUGGAUCCACCCUGCCUCUGGUGAUAACCCGGAAGAAAGGCGGCGAUGACUCCGAGGAUGGCAACUAUAAUCCGUUCGAGCACCGCAAAGUGGAGCAUCCCACAUCGGACCUCGAGACAUUUGUUCACCUGCUUAAAGGAUCCCUGGGCUCCGGAAUCCUUGCCAUGCCCAUGGCCUUCUCCCACGCCGGCCUGUGGUUUGGAUUGGUGGCCACCUUCGCCGUGGGCACUCUCUGCACCUACUGUGUCCACAUCCUGGUCAAGUGCGCCCACAUCCUGUGCCGGCGUCGCAAGAUCCCCAUGAUGGGCUUUGCCGAUGUGGCCGAGCAGGCCUUCCUAGACGGUCCUCCCAGCCUGAAUCGUUGGUCCCGCUUCAUCCGGUUUAUGGUAAACACGUUUCUGGUGAUUGAUCUGCUGGGCUGCUGUUGCAUCUACCUGGUGUUUGUGGCCACCAACGUGGAGCAGGUGGUGAAGGUCUACGUAGACAUGGAAUGGAGCAUCCGGAUAUGGAUCCUGGUUGUGACGGCCCCUCUGAUCCUGAUGUGUUUGGUGCGAAACCUUAAGUUCCUCACGCCCUUCUCGAUGAUCGCCAACAUCCUGAUGUUCGUUGGCAUUGUGAUCACCUUCAUCUACAUGUUCUCCGACCUGCCGGCUCCCGCCGAGCGUCCUGGCAUUGUGGCGCCUCCAGAGUGGCCGCUCUUCUUCGGCACUGUGAUCUUCGCUCUGGAGGGCAUCGGUGUAGUCAUGUCCUUGGAGAACGACAUGAAGAACCCCACUCACUUCAUUGGCUGCCCCUCGGUCCUCAACAUGGGCAUGGGUCUGGUGAUUGGACUGUACACCCUGGUGGGAUUCUUUGGCUUCCUGAAGUACGGACCCGAGACUCAGGCCAGCAUAACUCUGAAUCUGCCUUUGGAGGAUAAAUUGGCCCAAUCCGUCAAGCUGAUGAUUGCCAUUGCCAUCUUCUUCACCUUCACGUUGCAGUUCUACGUGCCAGUCACGAUCCUGUGGAAGGGAUUGGAGCACAAGAUCCGGCCGGAACGCCAGAACAUCAGCGAGUACGGUCUUCGUGUGGCUCUUGUGAUCCUGUGUGGAGGCAUUGCCGUGGCCCUGCCCAACCUGGGACCCUUCAUUAGCCUAAUCGGAGCCGUGUGCCUGAGUACGCUGGGCAUGAUCGUGCCGGCGGUGAUCGAGCUGGCCGUCUACCACGAGGAUCCGGGAUUCGGGCGCUUCAAGUGGCGGCUGUGGAAGAACUCCGGACUGAUACUCUUCGGUGUGGUGGGCUUCGUGGCCGGCACCUAUGUCAGCAUCCUCGAGUUCCACGCAGAGUUCAGCGGCAAACACUGAGAGCGGCACACGGUGCUCGGUGCUAUUCUAUGAUAUGCUAAUUUAAUUUAAAUUAGUCUUAAAUGAAACUCUUCUAAGCACAGGGAUGUCUAAGCUAAGUUUUUAACUAAUUUUAGGGCUAACCAAAGUUUUCUAGUACCCCUCGAAACCAUGAACCCCUCCGCUUUGGCCUUACCCUUCACCAUUCACCCGGCUUCCUUUUCGACCCCUUCCGCCGAUCCUGUCCUUGCCAUACCAAAAAGAAAGCAAAAAACAACAAAAGUAUUUCGAUUUAGUCGGUGCCACCACACCUUGAGUGCUUGCGCUUGAGGUGCGGCAUUAAGGUUACUUAGAGAAUUCUUGUAGACGUGAUUUUGUAUCGUAGUGAUUCUGACAACAACUUAGUCGUUAAUUUAGUUCCUAUUCGAACUAAGCCAAGACAGACGGACGAAGCAGCCGCAGUUUGUUUUGUUCUUCAAUUUGUUUCGUUUUUAAUCAUUUGAUUUAUGCUGUACAUUAUCGACGCCCUAUUUCAAUAAUCAUGACAUAUUACAAACAAUACCAAACAAAGACCCGCUGCCCCCCAGGGGUAGCAAAAAAAUUGCAUUAAAAAAAACAAUAAAAGCUAAUAAAAACAACCAAA